UUUGUGACAGAGCUAUCAGCAACAGGUACAGUUGGAGACCCAUCAUAUUCCGCCCGAAAUAUCAUUCUCUGGAUUGUACAUUCACUUUAUGAUUAACGAAGACACUGACGGGAGAAAUGUUCGCUUAAACGGAAACCUCUCCGGAUCAUUUAGUAGCUCUUUUAUGUCUUUUUCGGCUGUUGUGAAAACAGAUGACAGUCAGCUAGCCUGCUGAGGAGAGGAUCGGGAGUGAUCGUCCUGCAUCCCCGCCCCCUUAUCCACCUGCAGUCAUGAAUGGUGCUCGAAAUAUGUGGGCCAUCACUCCUGAGGAGCGGGAGAAACAUGACAAGCAGUUCGACACCCUCUACCCGGCCCUGGGCUACAUCUCUGGGGACCAGGCCCGCAAGUUCUUCCUGCAGUCCGGGCUACCCUCUGCAGUGCUGGCCGACAUCUGGGCUCUGGCUGACAUGAACAAGGAUGGGAAGAUGGACCGGCUCGAGUUCUCCAUCGCCAUGAAGCUGAUCAAGCUGAAGCUUCAGGGGCAGAAUCUGCCCACCUCCCUGCCCAUCAUCAUGAAACAGCCCCCUGUGCCUGCCCCGUCGCUCAACCCCUCGCUGAACCCCGCGCGCAUGGGAAUGGGCUCGAUGCCGAUGCUCACUCCCAUGGCCAUGGGGGCGCCGAUGAGCUCCAUGGGCCCCAUGCCUGGCAUCACACCCAUGAUGCCCACGGGAAUGGGCAUGGGCAUGGGCAUGGGCAUGCCUAUGAUGUCCUCGGGCAUGCCCAAUGGCACCGUGGGCCUACUGCAGCCAAUGCCACUGUCCGGGGGCAUGCCUCUUUCCGGCUCCUACUCGUCCUCCCCAUUAGGGUUCUCGACGACUCCCAUGAACAAGGCGUCGUCUCUGCUGGAUCUCUCCUCCAGCAGCUCCAACUCCUCGUCCACCACGUCUCUGGCGAGCAUCUCCCCGAUGAUGGUCCCCUCGGACUGGGCCGUUCCUCACGCCUCCAGACUCAAGUACAGGCAGCAGUUCAACAGUAUGGACAAGCAAAUGACGGGACAUCUCACAGGCCAGCAGGUGAGGAAUGUCCUAUCUGCAACCAUGUUGUCUCAGACCCAGCUGGCCAGCAUCUGGAACCUGGCGGACGUCGAUAAGGAUGGAAAGCUCCGUGCGGACGAGUUCAUCCUGGCCCUGCACCUGGUGGACAUGGCGAAGAUGGGACAGGCCCUCCCCCUGACCCUGCCCACAGAGCUCAUCCCUCCCUCGCUCAAGGGUAAACUAGGCGACUCUUUGAAUGGAAAUACUUCGUCUUUCUAUGCAGACCUGGCUGAUGAGAUUGAGAUUGAGCCGCCACAAAAGAACAAAAGCAACUUGACGUUCGAGGACAAGUUCAAGCAGAACCUGGAGCGGGGCAACAUGGAGCUGGAGAAGCGUCGGCAGGCGCUGCAGGAGCAGCAGCGGCGGGAGGAGGAGCGCCGCGCCCAGAAGGCCCGCGAGGAGCAGGAGCGCCGCGACAGGGAGGUGCGCGAGCAGGAGCUCCGCAGGAGGCGCGAGGAGGAGCAGAGGCUGGAGCGCCAGCGCGAGCUCGAGAGGCAGAGGGAGGAGGAGCGACUCAAGGAGCUGGAGCGCAAGGAGGCGGCCCAGAAGGAGCUGGAGCGUCAGAGGAAGCUGGAGUUGGAGCGCAGGAAGAAGCAAGAGCUGCAGAGCAGGAAGAGUGACGAGCAGGACGACGUCAUCCGCCUCCGUGCCAAGAAGAGGAGUCUAGAGAUGGAGCUGGAGGCUGUGGGGAACAAGCAUAAGCAGAUCUCGGACCGUCUGCGGGAUGCUCGGGGGCGGAAGGCUGUCCACCGGGCUGAGCUGGAGACCGUCAACCAGAGGAGGGAUGGACGCAUCGGCGAGAUCAACUCCCUACAGAUGGAGUUUGAGGAGUUCCAGAGGAAGCUCGGCCAGUUGGCUCCAGAACAGCAAAAGCUGAACGACAAGCUGCGUCUCAUCAAGAUAAACAAUAUGCCAGCCGCUACCAUGACGACACUCCAGGGCAGCGUGACAGAGAAAGACCUCGCCUGUCGAAAGCUGAAAGAACAACUGGAGGCCCUGGAGAAAGAAACCGCUGCCAAGCUGGCAGACAUGGAACAAUACAAGAAGGACAUCAUGGAACUGCGGGACAGUCAGAGGAAACAGCAAGCCGCUCUGGACAAACUGCGCAGCGUGAAAGAGGACAAACUCCGAGAGCUGAAGAAGCACAAGAAAGAAGAGCUGGACAAGAAGAAAAGAGAGGAGGAUGAGGAGAGAAGACGUAUCCAGGAGGAGCAGGAGCGUGAACGCCAGGAGAGGCUGAAGCGCGAGGAGGAGGAGCGGCAGAAAAAGCUCCGGGAGGAGAGAGAGCGAGCCGAACGAGAGCGCCGGGAGAAGGAGGAGGAGGAGAGGAGGAGGAGGAAAGAGGAGGACGAGAAGAGAGAGCAGGAGCGCAAGAAGCGCGACGAGGAGAGGAAGAGACAGGAGGAAGAGGAGAGGAAGAAACGGGAGGAGAGGAGGAUUGAGGAGGAGAGGAAGAAAGCGGAGGAGGAGCGUAAACGUUUGGAGGAGGAGAGGAGAAAGCUCGAGGAGGAACGGAAGAAGCUGGAGGAGGAGAGGAGGAGAAAAACGGAGGAGGACCGACGACGAGCGAUGGAGGAGGAGCAGAGGAGGAGAGAGGACGACCGGAGGAGAAAGGAGGAAGAGAGGAGGCAAGAGGAAGAGAAGAGGAAAGAAGAGCAGAAGAGACUGGAGGAAGAGAGGAGGAGGAGAGAGGAGGAGAAGCGGAUGGAGGAGGAGAGACGGAGGGAGAAAGAGGAGGAGGAGCGGAGGAGAACGCGGGCGCAGGAGGCCGCCAAGCGAGACUCGGACGAGAGGAAGAAACAGGAGGAGGAGAAGAAGAGGGUGGAGGAGGAGAGGAGGAGGAGGGAUGAGGAGCGCAGGGCCCAGGAGCAGGAGCGCAAGCGACAGGAGGAGGAGAGGAAGAGGAGGCAGCAGGAGGAAGAGGCGGCGGCAGCCAGGAAGAGAGAGGAGGCAGCCAGACAGCAGAAGCAACAGCAACAACAACAGCAACAACAACAACAACAACAGCAACAACAGCAGCAGCCGAAUAACGCAAAGCUGGACAUCCACAACAAACUCACUGCUCUGCUUAGAGGCCUGGAGGAGAGGAAAGGUGGACGCCAGCCGCAGGCUACGGAACACAGAAAGUCAGCUGCUCUCACCACGUUCAAAGCCCUGUACCCAUUCACCGCCCGCAACGACGAAGAGCUCUCCUUUGAGGAGGGGGAUCUCAUAGAGGUGGACGAAAGUAUUGAACGGGAGCCGGGUUGGCUGUACGGUAGUCGUCAGGGCAAAAUGGGCUGGUUCCCUGAGAGCUACGUGGAGAAGCAGAGCAAACCUGAUGCUGCCCCAGUACCACCCAAAGCUUCCCUCAAACCACAGCUUUCUAACUCCAUCUCUAGUAAACCAGGUGAGACCUCUGCCUUCACCCCCACGCUCACCCCAAGCUCUGCCUCUUCAGAAACCAGCCAGGUGGUGGGGAACAUGCAGGCCCAGGCCCUGUGCUCGUGGACGGCGAAGACGGACAACCACCUGAACUUCUCCAAGGACGACGUGAUCACGGUGCUGGAGCAGCAGGACAGCUGGUGGCUGGGCGAGCUCAACGGGGUGCAGGGCUGGUUCCCCAAAUCCUACGUCAGCGUGCUGUCCGCCGCCGACGCUCAUGCAGAUGUGUCGGACGGGGCUGACGGCGUAGACGGCUCCCAACAGCAAGAAUAUGUGGCGUUGUACACCUACGAGAGCCCAGAGCCAGGUGACCUGACGUUCAACGAGGGCGAUGCCAUCUUGGUGACGGAGCGAGAGGGAGAGUGGUGGAAGGGCUGCAUCGGCGACCGCUAUGGCCUCUUCCCCUUCAACUACGUCAAGCCCAAAGAGGCCGAUACCUCCAGCCUCUCAGGGAAAUCAGGAUUGAAUAAGAAGCCAGAGAUCGCCCAGGUGACCAAGCCGUACUCGGCGAGCGGGGCGGAGCAGCUGACCCUGGGGCCCGGGCAGCUCAUCCUCAUCCUCAGUAGGAACCCCACCGGCUGGUGGCUGGGAGAACUGCAGGCGAGGGGCAAGAGGAGGCAGAAAGGCUGGUUCCCUGCGUCUCAUGUCAAAAUGCUGGGCUCCAACAGUGGCAAGUCCACCCCAGCACCUGCCUAUGUGUGCCAGGUCAUCGCUAUGUACGACUACACGGCGGCCAACAAGGAUGAGCUGAGCUUCUCCGCCAGCCAGUUGAUCAACGUGCUGGACAAGAACGACCCGGACUGGUGGAGGGGCGAGAUCAACGGGGUCACGGGCCUCCUCCCGGCCAACUACGUCAAGAUGACCACGGCAGAGUCCGACCCCAGUCAGCAGUGGUGUGCUGACCUGGCUAAGUUGGACACCCUCACCCCGCAAGAGAGGAAGAGGCAGGGCUACAUCCAUGAGCUCAUCGAGACUGAGCACAAAUACGUGGAAGAUCUACAGCUGGUUCUGGAGGUCUUCCACAAACCCAUGUCUGAAUCGGGUCGCCUCACUGAGCAGGAGAUGGGCAUGAUCUUUGUCAACUGGCGUGAGCUCAUCACGUGCAACAACAAGUUUCUCAAGGCCCUGCGUGUGCGUAAGAAGACUGGUGGUGAUAACAUGCCCGUGCAGAUGAUCGGGGACAUCCUGGCGGCAGAGCUGUCCCACAUGCAGGCCUACAUCCGAUUCUGCAGCUGCCAGCUCAACGGCGCCGCCCUGCUGCAGAUCAAGUGCGAUCAGGAGCCCGAAUUCAAGGACUUCCUCAAGAAAAUCGCUACUGAUUACCGUUGCAAGGGGAUGCCAUUGUCCAGCUUCCUGCUGAAACCCAUGCAGAGGAUUACCCGCUAUCCUCUCCACAUCAAGAACAUCCUGGAGAGCACGCCGGACUCUCACUCUGACCACGGGCAUCUGCGGGACUCGCUGGAGAAGGCGGAGGAGCUGUGCUCGCAGGUCAACGAGGGCGUCCGGGAGAAGGAGAACUCGGACCGUCUGGAGUGGAUCCAGAACCACGUGCAGUCUGAGGGCAUCACAGAGAACCUGGUCUUCAACUCCCUGACCAACUGCUUGGGCCCGCGUAAGCUGCUGCACAGCGGCAAGCUGUACAAGUCCAAGAGCAGUAAGGAGCUGUACGCCUUCCUGUUCACCGACUUCCUGCUGCUCACCCACACCACCAAGCAGUUCUCCUCCGGCGCCGACAAGCUCUUCAGCCCCAAGAGCAACACGCAGUUCAAGAUGUACAAGACGCCGGUGUUUCUGAACGAGGUCCUGGUGAAGAUGCCCUCUGAUCCUUCCAGCGACGAGCCCGUCUUCCACAUCUCCCACAUAGACCGUGUCUACACCCUCAAGACCGAGAACAUCAACGAGAGAACUGCCUGGGUCCAGAAAGUCAAGGCUGCCUCCGAGAAGUUCAUCGAGACGGAGAAGAAGAAGAGGGAAAGGGCUUAUCAAUCUCGGUCAGUGAAGGCUACUGGAAUUGGUCGUCUGCUCGUGACUGUUUUGGAGGCUACCGAACUCAAAUCGUCAAAGCCCAACGGGAAGAGCAACCCAUACUGUGAGGUUACCAUGGGAGCUCAGUGUUACACUUCUAGAACCCUCAACGAAACCGUUAACCCCAAAUGGAACUUCAACUGCCAGUUCCACAUCAAGGAUGUCUAUCAGGACGUCUUAUGCAUUACCAUUUUUGAAAGGGAACAGUUUUCUCCUGAUGAUUUCCUGGGUCGGACCGAGGUACCGGUGGCAACCAUAAAGAAGGAACUGGAAAACAAGGGCCCAGCGACGCGGCGACUGCUUCUACACGAGGUUCCCACGGGGGAAGUGUGGGUCCGCCUUGACCUGCAGCUGUUCGACCACAAGGCGCACAAAUGAGACCGACACACACACACACACACACACACACACUCACACACACACCUUCAGCGCAAGGUGCCCCGCUGGGAAAGGGUGCACCUCGACGUGCACCUGUUUGACCACAAAUGAGCGAGAGACAGACAGUCAGUCAGACACACACACACACACAAACACCACUAGUACUACUGAAUCAUUCAGAUCUUCCACACAUCACCUAGCCUUACGGAGAGAGACAGAAAGAGCAAGAAGCCCUUAACUACUGUGGAGAACACUACUGGAUGAAUGGAUGGAAGCAUGAGCAGAUGGAUGAAUGGAUGACUAUCUCUCAGCCAUGAUGCUGAGGGCCUAUGCACUCUGUCCACAUGCAGACAUAUGACUGUUGCCAAGUGUUGUAAAUGGUAGCCAUUUUAGUCGUCGUUGUUAUUUUUAUUAUUAUUAUUAUGAUUAUUAUUAUUAUUAUUUUUUUAUUUUUACUCUCAAGUUCUAUGAGGUGUCACCAUGGAGAUAGUUUACCACUGGAUCUGGAAAUAUCUCAGGAUUGCUCCAAGUGUUCUUCCUUCACUCUCUGUUUGAGGCAGUCUUAUUUUCCUCUCUCCUGUGCCUUUUUCGGACUGGAAAGGAUGUUUUUGUUUGUCGACAGAAACUUGGUUUGUUGUAACACUUUAUUGAGGGUUUUAAAGUGUCCUGAGCUGCUUGAUUGCUGCUUUUUUUCUGUUUGUAUGUUGUCUAUUUUUUUCUUUUUUUUUUAAAGAUGUAACUCCAUCUGCAACACUCUCCAUAUUUACACUUCAAUCUCCACAUGUUCACUCCCAGAAAUCGAUCUGGCAUCCAAGGACUAUCUAACGAAUACUGUAGAACGUUCUGAAACACCUCAGUUACUUCACCUUUUCUCUUCCCAUGAACUUUUCUUAAUGCUUCUGUCGGAUUUUUAUUUUACUGUCGGUACAAAAGAAGAGGUGAUGACCAUGGAUGACUUCAAAUUGGUCAAGAAGAUCGCUGUGGAUUGGCGUGCUGGGCAAAAUUUUAUUUAUUUUUUUUUAAUUUAAGCGAUUUUGACUAUCCACAGGUUUUAAACAGCUUGCCAUAGCAGAGCAGGAAUCUCCCUCCUAGAGGAUAGCUGACUGUGGCUGUGUACAAGAUACGUCCCCUGAUCUGGUUUUGGCAUGGCUCUCAUUCAGAUCAGAGCCAGAUCAGGGUCAUUCAGAUGGUAUGUGGGAUUGAGGUCUAACUGUUAUAAAUCUAAGUAGUGCCUGUGUAUGAUUGACUAAGUUGAAUGGAGUUUUCUUUUUCUGUAGAGAGAUGACCAAGUCCCUUAAAGAGCGUAAAUAUUACUGCAUAAAGAUUAUUAAACACAAUUGUUUGUGUUUAUAUUCCUUUGAACUUAAAUGCCAUGUGUUGUAUGUAAGAUAUUUUAUUGUUUUCCUUUUUAAGGUGGUAAACCUGACUUGAUUGUAGGCCAGCCACUGUGCUAACAUAAUAGGUUGAUUGAGCAGCAGUGUCUGCGUCAUGAGAUGAGGGUGUCCAAACCAAGCAUGACACAACUGGGCUUUCAGCAAAAAUAAAAAUUAUUACAAACAUU